GGCGCCAUCUUGGAAAGUAGGGCUUGUUGCUGUUAUUUCCCGCCGAGAUCUACACAUACAGAACGUAUUUUUAGACUAAAGUGAAUAGUUUCUGUCACCGCUCUCUUUUUUUUCUCCACUUUGUUCACAACAAUACUUUCUUUUCGUUUCAAUAACUACGCAUAAUAGAUAUAUGAAGCUGUUGGUGCAUCAUGUUUUGGAAGUUCGAUCUUCACACGUCAUCCCAUAUAGAUACACUCCUAGAGAAGGAAGAUGUGACUCUGACUGAACUAAUGGAUGAGGAAGAUGUUUUGCAGGAAUGUAAAGCUCAGAACCGCAAACUCCUGGACUUUCUGGUCCGAACACAGAGUAUGGAAGAUCUAGUCACAUACAUCACUCAAGAGCCACCAGAUGACAUGGAUGAGAAGAUGAAAUACAAGUAUCCCAACAUAUCAUGCGAGCUACUUACGUCAGAUGUAGCACAACUGAAUGACCGACUGGCAGAAGAUGAACCUUUGUUGACACGACUUUACAGCUUUCUGCAGAAUGAGCCACCACUUAACCCUUUGCUUGCCAGUUUCUUUAGUAAAGUGCUCAGCAUUCUUAUCAGCAGAAAACCUGACCAGAUUAUCACGUUUUUACGAAAGAGGGAUGCAUUUGUAAAUUUACUGUUGAAACACAUAGGAACCUCCGCGCUCAUGGAUUUGCUGCUCAGGCUAUUGACAUGCGUUGAGCCACCACAGCUGAGGCAGGAUGUUUUAAAUUGGUUGAAUGAGGAAAAGAUUAUUCAGCAACUAAUAGAAAUGGUACACCCGUCCCACGAUGAAGACAGACACUCAAAUGCAUCACAAUCGUUGUGUGAAAUCAUCCGCCUCAGCAGAGACCAAAUGAUUCAAAUGCAGAGCUCUCCAGAACCAGAUCCACUUCUAUCAACGUUAGAAAAGCAAGAAACUUUAGAACACUUACUUGCUAGUGUUCUGGAUAAAGAAAAAACUGAAUCAGCAAUUGUGAAUUGCAUCCAAAUAUUGUUGACCUUAUUGGAGACUCGAAGACCAGCUUUUGAAGGUCAGCUAGAGAUCUGUCCAACUGGUAUGAACCAUGCAGCCUUUUCUGUGAGUAAUAGCACAUUGCAAGCCAUUAGACAAAGACUUAAAGACUUCCAUCAGAUACUACUUGAGCCUCCUAAGAAAAGUGCAAUGAAAACUACGUGGGGAAUAUUAGAGACACCAGUGGGGAAUACACGCCUGAACGUGGUCAGACUUGUAGCGAGCCUUCUACAAACAAAUACACUCAGUAUUAAUGAAGAAUUGGUAGAACUUAACACUAUGGAUGUGUUGUUGGAUAUGUACUUCAGAUACAUUUGGAAUAAUUUUCUUCAUGUACAAGUAGAAAUUUGCAUUGCAACAAUCUUGGGAAGCCCUCCACCUCAUGAUACUCACACAGAAAACAACGUAGAGGAUAAUUCCAAUGCUGCCAGAGAAAAUAUAUUAAUAAAACAUCUGUUUACGAAGUGCCGAUUAAUUCAGAGAAUACUCGAUGCAUGGGAGAACAAUGAAAAGGAACAAUCAGCAGGUGGAAGACGGAGAGGGUACAUGGGUCACUUAACACGGAUAGCUAAUGCUAUUGUGCACAAUGCUGAAAAGGGACCAAACAGCGUACUCAUUAAUCAGCAGCUUAAAGAUCUUAGUGAGGACUACAGGGAAAGAUGGGAGACGUUUACAACAGGUUCUUUGGCAGAAACCAAUAAGAAGAAUACAAUUGAUCUGGUUAGUGCACACAAUAUACAUUCAUCAAGCGAUGAUGAAGUUGAUUUUAAAGAACCGGGAUUUGCUCCAGACUCAGGGUUACAGCAAGCCUUUUCUGAUUAUCAGAUGCAACAAAUGACGUCCAAUUUUAUUGACCAGUUCGGCUUCAACGAUGAGGAGUUUGCAGAUCAAGAGGACAUAGUGAAUGUUCCCUUUGAAAGAAUUGCUGAUAUCAACUUCUCACUGAAUACAAAUGAGAGUGCAAAUGUAGCUCUAUUUGAGGCAUGCUGUAAAGAGAGGAUUCAACAAUUUGAUGAUAGCGGUUCUGAUGAAGAAGAUAUUUGGGAUGAAAAAGAUAUAACAUUUGCUCAAGAUGCACAAAAUCGACACAGAAGUUCAGGAAGUACAGACAGUGAAGAAAGUACAGAUUCUGAAGAUGAAGAUGUGGACAAACGGAAUAAUUCAUUUAUACCUGGGGCCUGUCCCGAUGAUAGAAUGGAAGUGGACACAAAUGAUGCACCAGGAUGGACUGCAAACUUUGAAGUGCCUAUGGAAACAGCAAAUAUAACUACAGCAAAUUCUAAUGAAGCUACCUUGUGGAGUUCGGGUGACUCAGUACAGCAAGAAACUGGAUGGGCUACAUUUUCUGAUUUUUCAUCUCAGUUAAGCUCAAAGGAUCCUUUGAGAAGUAGUUCCCCUGUUGAAAUGGAAACCAGUGCAGAUCCAGAGGAUCCCCAUCACAAUAGUCUAACACAUCCUGAAGAUUUUGUUGCAACUUCACAGCUUGCCUGCAAGGAGCAAACAGCAGUGUCAACCACAUUAAAUGUAGAAUCCACCUUGUUUGGAGAAGAUGAAGAGGUGGCGACAGACCAAGUAACAGAGACGGUUACAAAUGGCUCUAUGAAAGAAACAGUCAGUCUUACUGUAGAUGCCAAAACUGAAACUGCUGUGUUUAAAAGUGAGGAAGUUAAGUUGUCUACCUCUGAAGAUUUUUCUUCAAAAUAUGUAUUAUCAGAAAACUUGGAAAUUCCAAAACUGACUUCACCAUCGCAGUCUGGCUUGAAGCCUUCUGAAGGGAAUAUGAAAUCUCGAGCAAAAGACACCUUGAAUGGGCCCGUUGAUGAUGUGACAUCAAUGGAAGAAGUCAAGACAAGUCAACAAGUUCUGUCACCUGAAGCUUCGGUUAAUGGCCCUGCAUGAUUAAUUCUGUCUGCUGUUGUCUACUCCGGCCUGACCAGCUACUAUCCAGGGGUAUCAGUGGGGUUCACUGGAGGCACUGGGCUUCGGCCUGUCAAAGCCAGUCACUGCUGCACUAAAUUCAAAUGGGAUCAGGACCAGCAAUAUUAUCAGAUUUUUUAAGAUGGAUGUGCAAAGAAAUGUUUGAAUGAAAUGUAUAAAAGAGGGUAUUACAUGUUGGCAGAUACAAAGAACUCUUGCGUGCAUUUGUAUCAAAUACAUGUUCUUAUAAAUGGGAUGAUUAGUCCAUUAAAUAUCUUGCCACUCACAUGAUAAUUAGUAUUGUUGCCAUAGUUAAAUGGUUAUAAGUGUAGAAUAUUUUAUAAAAAUGUGUAUACUUAAAUCUGACACACGUAAUUAAAGUAUACCAAUUGGAACACAUAGUGUGACCAAAGUGUUUAGAAAUUUUCAUACUUUUUUUCAUCUUGUAAAAAAUUUUAAUUUUGUGUUUCUUCCAAGUGGGCAGAGUACAUUGUAGAAGUGAAAUGCAAAUGUAAAAGUGUUAUUUUGAUUGAGUUGCCUAUAUUAAACUAAUUGCUAGAGAAAAUUCUAAUUGUAAAUGUUCACUAGUGGCUCUUUGCUUCAGGUUUUAUUUGUAAACAUUUCUUGAAUUCUAGAACAUUAGUAUUGAAAACUCUUUGAUAUGGAGUUUAAACAUGUUUGUUACUGAAGACUAGUUGGUCAUUUAGUAUAUCACUGAACAACCAAAAGCAUGUUCGCCCCUCUGGAUUUUACAUUUUCAGACCAGCAGUUGUUCAAAGCAAAGGUAAAGAACACAUGAUUAGCCUUGAAUUGCAUGUGGCUUCUGUGUUUCUCUUUUGCUAAAGGUCUUCAUUGCCUGAAUGAUUUAAACUAUUUUAAUUUAACUUUUUAAACUUCAAUUGAACCAACUAAUUGAUUUGUUUUUAAUGUAACCCCUUCAUUUCAGUUGGCAGGGCAAUAGAAAUUAAUCAGGGUGAACUAAUAACUGAGCACUUAAUGUAACAUUAGUUUGCUAAAAGUGGCUGUAUUGGAAUGAAUCUCUAAAGAGUGGCGAAGAGCCGUAAUUUGAUAGAAUAUGACAAUAACUAAAGUUAACUCGAACUUUUAAAUUCAGGGAUUUGAAGUGUAAUGUAUGACAGGUUGACUCUUAUUCAUUGGGACCUUACUGUACUGUUAAUAGAAGUGGCAGCUCGUAUUGGGUUAAGCUAAGACAAUUUUGAAGUCAUUUGAUAAAGUGCCUAUGGUACUAGUUUAAGUCAGAAGAGAGAUUAUGAUGCAUGAUAAAUUUGUGGAAGAAAUCUUUCACAUAAGAAAAUAGUAUCUGUUCCAGGAAAGUAAAAUGAGAUGUCCAUUCAUCUAUUUGUGUGGCUUAUUCUUUGCAGCAUCUAUAGUAACUGUAUAUUGUUGGACCCUCUAAGCACCUUAAUACAUUCUAAGUUAAUGGAAUAGUUUAUGUCAUCUUCAUCACUGGUUUUAAAAAGACAGUUUGAGUUUAUAGUUCUACACGUCUGUAUUUGAGGAACAAAAAAAAUCGCCAAACGAAGCAAUGCAAUUUUGUGAUCUAACUAACUGCUUUGGGACAAUUACAUUCAGCUGCCAAGUCUUGAUUCACCACUUAAACUUCUGAAAUAGCUGAUCAUAGAUACUUGAAGAUUGGGAUGUUGAGACAUCUUUAUCAGUAGCAAUCAGUUAAAAUUGAUAGGAUUGUAGGUUUCUUUUUAUUUUAAGUAUUUUGAAAAAUUGGAGGAGGAGGGGAGGAAAUGUUUCCAACCCAUUGAGAAUAGUGAUGGUGUUUGGCUGCUAAAUAGAAAAAAAAACCGGUUCUGUCUUGACAAUCUUCACUUGCAAUGUUUGUGUGUUUAGUUGCAUGUAAACAUGGCAACUAUCUUUUUUAAUACUGCGUUAGGAUGGACAUUAACCACUCACGCAAGCAAAUACAAAGUGUAAAAAGUCUUGGAUUCUUACUGUCAGAGUAUUCUGGUUGUAUGAUACAUUUUGCAUUUGUCCUAUUUCAGAUGUACAUCCAAUAUACAAUGUAAAUAUACCUUGUUAAAAUUAAUAUGCCAUUAGUUAAAAUUUGCAAUAAAGUGAAUUGCUUAAGUUGUACAAAA